CUGCAGCUGGUGACUCAGCGUAUCACCAUGUCAGCCACCAACCUUGCUCCUCUUACAACAAAAUAUGACCUCAAACUUGUAUGCACUAAAUGCUCUGUCGAGGAGAAAGAAAUUACCUACAGGUUCAAACCAGUUCAACACCAGUGUGCACGCAACCUCUUGCUCUGCAGAGCCAAAUGUGGCAGCAAAUGGAGGCCUGUGUCAAAGAGGCCCACGUUUCCCAAUCCCGUUCGGUAUGAGGUGUGUUACUUCUUUAAGGAGGGUCAAGGCUGCUCGUACCACAAGAAUCGGUGCACCUUUGCCAGAAGUGAUGAGGAAGCUGAUGUUUGGACAUUUGAGAAGUGUCACAGGAUCAACCAUGUGUCGCUCUGUAACCUUGUAGCUCAGUCUGAGGGAGGAGCGGAUCCGCCUGAUCACUCUGAGUCUCUGAGGGACCUGCCAGCUCUAGAUCUGAAGGCUGUGUGUGAUCUGUGUUCUGUCAAAGAGAACCAAAUAUCAUACACAGUUCAGUCGGUGAGUCACAAGUGCAGUAGAAAUCUUCUUUUAGCCAAAGACAAAGCCUGUGACCUCUGGAGGCCUGUCUCUGAGCGGCCUACAGGUGGUCGCAACGUCGUUUACCAAGUGUGUCAGUUCUUUGUGGAGGGCUCUGGGUGCACAAAGCACGGGCAGACGUGCACCUAUGCCAGAAGCGAUGAGGAGGCCACUCUGUGGAACUAUGUGAAGGACAAACACAUUGGUAGAGAGGAGUUCAUCCGACUUGUAGUUGAGUCUGAACCGAUUUCAAUCACACCGGAGAGUACAGCUGAAAGCAUUCUCCAGCAGUUUCCAGGUGAAUUCAUCGAGCUCUGCAAACGCUGCUUCAAUGACAAGCCACAACAACUAACAACCAAGAGAUGGAAUCCCUCUUGCUCAGCAGAUGCAGCGCACCCCUGGGACCCAGUCCUAGUUCAUCACCUGUCAGAGAAUAAGAGGAAGCACGUCUACAGCCAGGUGCGCCCUCUCCCCCAGAACUGUCACUUUGAGUUCUGCAGUCAUGUGACGGAGGGGAAACCCUGCUGGCACCAGGCGGGCCGCUGCCAGGCUGCGCACAGCGAGGUGGAGAUGGCCGUGUGGAGGGUAGAGCACGGCGGGGUCUCCGUGCGACCUUAUGUCCUGCAGCUGAGCCGGCAGCAGCAGGCGGAGCAGCAGCUGAAGGAGCAGCAGCUGAGCCGGCAGCAGCAGGCGGAGCAGAGGCUGAAGGAGCAGCAGCUGACGGAGCGGCAGCUGACGGAGCGGCAGCUGACGGAGCAGCAGCUGACGGAGCAGCAGCUAACAGAGCAGCAGCUAACAGAGCAGCAGUCGGUCUCCAUGUACUGCAGAGUGUGCCUGCUGGUGCUCUCCUCCCCAGACAGCUUCUUCGAGCACUGCUCCUCUCUGGAGCACGCCCAGCUGCUCUCUGAGGACACCACCACCAGGUGGAGGGGCCGGCAGCCCCCACACAACCACCGGGCUGAGUUCUGGCUCUGUGAGAGACCACAAACAUGUGAGUACGGCAGCAAGUGCCCCAAAGCUCACUCUGAGGAGGAGCUGAAGGAGUGGCUGAUGCGAGCUGCAGAGGAGAAGGAGAUCAGACAGAGCAUCGGAGCCCAGGGUCUCAUGAACUAUAACCUGGAGCUGCUGGAGGAAUACAAAAACAGCAGUAAUGAAGUACACAUAUUAUCAGAGCAAGUCAACGAUGUCAGCAUCUCUUGUGACGGAGAUGUAACUGUGGAGUGUGAGCAGAUCAAUGAAACACUGCGAUGGAACUUCCAAGUUGAAACAGAGAGACAGCUCGUGCAUGUGGCGCUGCUAAAGCAAGAACCAGGAGCUUCCUAUACGCUCGGCGACAUCAGCUCAGUGCCCUGCAUCUACUCCCCCGGUGAACCCUUUCUCACUGACGACAUGACCUAUGACAUCACCGUGUCUUUCACAUCCAUCAACCCAGGCCUGUACGACCAGUGGUUAGUACUAGAUUUUGACAUGAGACCAGUGCUCUUGAAGAAACUCCGGGUUAGAGUAGGCAAGCUGUCAUUGGAUGACGUUGAACAACCAACAGUGACGUUUGGAUACACCUUUCAAAGUGCUGAGCGCUGGCAUCGAGGAAACCGGGUUAUCAUCCCAUGUUCGUCCAGGACAGAAGAACAGGAGAAACUGUUAAAGAAGUACAAGCCUCCUCAGAUUAGCUUUCUGUAUAAAUCCUCCUACAGCAGCCAAACACCUCUGAACAGUGACAACUACAGAGAAAGAAUGCACCAGUUCCUGUACGAUGAGGAACAGGCAGAGGACCAGAUUGUUUCAAGGUUAAAUGUUUGUGGAGGAAUUACAACAUCGGAGAUGUUGAACUGUAAAAAGUUUGGCAUGAUGAAGGCUCCUCGGGGAGAACUGUUCUGUGCUGUCUCCAUUCCUUGUAAGCUCACUCCAGACACCCCUGAGGGACUGGCACUGAAACGCAGCAUCCAGUCUGCCCUGAUAGCCCCUUUAUCUGAAAGUAGUCAAAACUCCAAGGUCUAUGAAGCCAGCAUACUGAAAGACGAAACAAGUGAGAACACCAUGUAUUUGCAACUGUCUAAGGAGUGUUGCUCUGAUCUUACACUCAGAAGCAAUGAGUCGUAUCAAAUGGAGGUGCAGUUCCAGCUCAAUCGCCACAGCUUCUGCACCAUGCACAAGGCCGUAGACCUCCUUCCUGAUACAAAAAGAGUGCUGCCAGACCUUAAACACUGUGGAGUUCCUGUGAAUAACAUCAAACAUGAGAAGCUCAACCCAAAGCAGCAGUCAGCAGUUGACUUUAUCACAGGAAGCCCCAAUGUCCAGAAAUAUUCAGCACCACUUCUCAUCUACGGACCAUUUGGAACUGGGAAAACAUUCACCCUUGCUUUAGCAGCCCGAGAGCUGUGUAAGCUGCCUCCCAACAAAGUGCUUAUUUGCACCCACACCAACAGUUCUGCAGAUCUGUACGUCAGAGAUCACUUCCAUCCAUUCAUCAACAAGAAAGAUAAUGGAACGAGGCCAAUUAGAAUAAAAGUGAACAAACAAGGGAAAGCUUUGUUUGCCACAGAUGAGAUCACUUUGAAAUACUGCUUGCUUUCGGAAGACAAACAGUCUUUUUUACCACCUACAAAAGCUGCUCUUGAUCGCCACAAAAUAGUUAUAACAACCACAACAAUGGCAAGACAUUUCCAUGACCUAAAUCUCCCAGAGGGAUAUUUUACCCACAUACUGAUUGAUGAAGCCUCUCAGAUGCUUGAAUGUGAAGCCUUGAUGGCCCUUGGCCUUGCUGGUCCACAAACCAGAGUUGUUUUGGCUGGAGAUCACAUGCAAAUGGGACCCAAGCUUUUCUCAGUUGAUGAUCAUCACCGUUCAAAUCACACACUCCUUAAUCGCCUCUUCCACUACUAUCAAGGCCAAAAGUGUGAUGCUGCCCAGAAUAGUAGAAUCAUUUUCAAUGAAAACUACCGCUCAACCAAAGAGAUUGUGGAUUUUGUUUCCACCAAUUUCUACGUCGGUAAGAAUGACGUUAUCAAAGCUAAAGGAAAUGUUCCGCCUCCUGCAAAUGGCAAUGCCUUAAAGUUUCACCAUGUCAGGGGAGAAUGUCUCUUGGACACUGGGUCUAUGUCUUGGUGUAACAAAGAAGAAGUUGUCAAAGUGGCUGAAGCAGUGAAAGAGGUUCUCGAACAGUGGCCAUUGACAUGGGGGCCCAAGGACCCAAGCUCAAUCUGCAUUCUAUCAGACGGAUGUCAGGUCUGGCAAAUGAGGAAAGCACUUUCAAAAAGAGGCCUCAAUGAAGUCCAUGUUGAGAAUCUUGCAAAUGUCCAAGGUAAACAGUUCAGGGCAGUCAUUAUGACAGCUGUGCAAACACGUGACAGCCUGAAAACAUCUCACCUACCUGGUCUGGAGCUGUUCAAUGAUGCGCGUGUGUUGAACACUGCAAUGACCAGAGCUCAGUCCCAGGUAGUUGUGGUUGGAGAUGCUGCUGCCCUCUGUUGCUUUGGGAACUGCUCAAAGGUCUGGAAGAGCUACAUAGAUCAUUGCAUCAACAACAACAGUGUCACACCAAAGCAUUUCACCAAGGAUUUCUUCAUGAAAGAUGUCAUGGAAACGACAAAGUUUCAGAAGCCUGAACAUGUGGAUGAGAGCAGCACUCUCAGUGAUGCAAUUCUUCAAGAGUUGAAAGAUGACUAUGAACUCCUGAAAAAAGAACACCAUUUGGAUGAGGACAAGUGGAAAUGUAAAGACUUCAACAACCAUAGGUCAAGAUCAUCAUACAAUAUCAGUGAUGUUGAUGCAAAUCUUUUGAAAUAUCCAGGGAUGUUCAAGCACGGAAAGUUGGUCAGGGAGUCAUAUAACAAAGGUUAUGUUGUACCAUUUGACAACCCCACCUCAAGAAUACGCAUCAAAGGAAGAGAUAACAUGGGUCAGACCUUCACUGGAGACGAAGUGGUCUUACAAACAGAGAAGGUGAUCAGCAUCACCAAGCAAUCUGAAUCAGCCCGCGUUCUUGUGUGUCUGCUUGAGGAUGAGGAUCACAGCAAACCAAGACAAAAUUCUGAAGAAACAUUUAUCAAAAGAACGAUGAUACCCAUUGCAAAAUCUGCCCCUAAAAUACGCAUACUGAUCAGCAAGAGAAAACGUAACUGCAUUCCAAUAUGGGAGAAAAUGAAUGGUCAGUGGACGACUGCAGCGUUUGAGCAUCUUGAUGAAAAGCUCAAACAGAACAAUGUAUUUGUGGUGCAAAUAAUUGGAUGGAAAGAAAAUUGUUAUAUUCCAUUAGGGAACGUCAUAGAUAUUCUUCCUAUUGGAAGUUCUGUGGUUGGCGGUCUACGGAUCCUGAAUAAAGAAUUCAAAGUUGAACCCAAUACAUGUAAUCCAGACGAGGGUCUCUUCUCACAAGAUGAAGACGGGACACACAGAGAGGACUUAAGCCAUAUGAUCACUUUCACGGUUGACCCCAAAGAAGCAAAAGACUUGGACGACGCCAUCAGUGUUAGGGAGAUUGGAGAGCAUGAGUAUGAGUUGGGAGUCCACAUUGCAGAUGUGGCCAGCUUUGUGAUCCCAGGUUGUGAAUUGGACAAGGAGGCAGAACAACGUGGUACUACAUAUUACAGCGGCAGUGUAGACCCUGUGCACAUGUUCCCCAAAGAGUUAAGCACUGGAACCUUCAGUCUUCUGUCAGAUGGCAAACAACGCAGGGUGGUAUCAUUAAUGUUCAAAGUAAACAAGAAAACAAAUGAGAUCAUUGGAAAGCACAAACUCCAGCUGUCAGGGAUCAAUUCUAACAGGCAGUUGUCUUAUGACGAGGCAGAGGCCAUAAUCACUGACCGGUAUAGAGAGGGACCUGCAUUUGACUCUGUAGAAGACUGUGUCACAGUGGCUUAUGGUUUUGCAAAAGCUCGAAGGAAGGACAGACUGGGCUCAGAUUGGGCUUAUUCUCAACCUGAUGAUAAGAGAUUGCCAGGAAAGCGUAAAGCCAAUAUGAUGAUUGAAGAGCUGAGUGUGUUAUUUAAUACACUUGCAUCAAAGGAUUUGAUUGACUCAAAGAAAACCUUGGAUUGCACACCCCUUCGCUGUCAGUCAAAACCUGAUUGUGAAAAGAUAGAAGACUUCAAGGCGAAAUGCGGAGAACUAAUUCCUCUAUCCUUUCAUGUGCGGCACAAAGUUGAAGGAGUUGACGAAGUAGGCGAACAACCCUCAAACUGUGAAAACAUCCGCAUACUGACAGAAGUGUGGGAAGAUAUCCAGUCAGCUGCCAGAGCAGAUGAUAUUGACAAAAUGGUGGACCUUAUAGCGGCAGAUGACAUCCAUCCUCCUCUCCAAUCAGUCGUUGAUCAGUUCAGAAAAUGUUCUAGUAAAGCUAAAGUCAUAUGUUCCAGCUCCCACUCCAGAGAAGUGUUUAGGCAUUAUUCUCUGAACGUAGAUUCUUACACACAAGCAACCUCCCCAAUACGGCGGUACAUGGACCUCAUCUCGCAGAGACUUUUGCACUCCAUCAUACAUGACCGGAGAGCGCAAUACACUACUCCUGAGAUUGCAACUUUGUGUAGUCAAUUUGAGGACAACGUCAAGAAUGCCAAGGAGUAUGAACAAAAGGCAGAGCAGAUCUCCUAUGCAGUGAGCAUAAAAAAACAAAGUGCUUCAAAGCUAGCCUUUGUUGGGAGUCCCAACAGAGACAGUGUUCCAGUGGCAUUUCCUUUUAACAAGAACAUAUUUAGAGAAAGUGUAUCAGUUAUGUACAAGGAUUUACAAUUGUGUGACCAACCCAUUUUUGAUGAAGAAAAUGACUGCAUCACUCUUACAUGGAAAAGGCGGGUCUAUGCAGUUGACAACAUGCAAAUCCACCAAGAGUUGCAAAUGACAGACUAUGGUCCUUGCGUUGAGCUUCCACUGACAACAUGGAAAGCCACUGUUGAAGCAAUUGACCAAGAAAACUGGGAUCAUGCAAAGUCUCUCACAAUGGAAGCCAAUACUAAGCAGCUGGAAAAACAAAUUAUUACACACUCUUCUGAAAUGGCAGCUCCCAAAUCAAAGUCAUGUGACUCUGAGGAGCAGGAGGAACAAAGGGAGCAUGAGGUCGACAUCCAUUUGCGUUUGCAGAGAGGGGACACCCUUCAGAUCCAAAUGACCACUGAGGUAAGAAGAGGUUACAUCUUGCCUGCUGUUCAGCUGGUGCGCAUUAAACCAAGGUUUGAGAUCUGUGUGGACCAUGUGCACAGCGCUAUCACAUGCUUCGCCAAAUAUGCAGAGGAACCAUCAAAAAUCUUGUAUAGAGACACCAAUGAGUAUGUACAGAUCUGGACACCGUUAUGUAAAAUGGAAUCUGCUUCCACUGCAGUGGAUGACAGUGACAGCAUAGUCAUUGAGAACCUGGUGGUAAACUUCCGUGAAAAGCAGAAAGGCAGCCUAACAGGAAGCUUCUUCUUACCUAUUGCAUGGAUCACUGAAUGGGCCAUUGAAUGUAACCUUUCAAAGUGCUUACUGUGCAUACGGAAAAGAGGUUUGACGCUACCUUCAACCCCGGAACAUUCUGCUCUGGCAGACCCAAGAGUGUUCACAUGGGUGGCCCACGGUGUCACAGUAAAAGCAGAACAAAAAAAACCUCCAAAUGAAGGAAGUGAAGUGGAGUUCUAUGUCCAUGACCGGCCGAUGGACAACGUUCCUGAUUGUGUCUUUCAGAAAAACACUUCUUUCACAGUUGAAAUAAUCCCAAAGUCUCUGCCUGACAUCCGGAAAGAAGAGGCUGUGGAAAACAUUCCGUAUGCAUGUGACCUUGUCAAGGCUAUAGCGCUUGGAAAACACAUUCCAAAAGAGGUAAAACCAAUGUGGAACCACCAGAGGAAAGAGCUACCGUAUGGAUUGCCGCAGUUUAACCAGAGUCAGCAUCUUGCUGUGGAGAAAGCUCUAAAUAAUACCUUCACAAUUAUACAGGGACCACCUGGGACGGGAAAGACAGUCGUUGGUGUGAAGAUAGUGUUCGGUUUCUUUGAGCUGAACGCUAAGAGCCCACGGACUAAUGUUGACCCAAGGGAUGCGAAAAAGAAACAAGUUAUUCUCUACUGCGGCCCAUCCAACAAGUCUGUUGAUGUUGUUGCAGAGUACCUACUGAGGUUUGGGGACAGACUACGGCCCCUCAGGUUCUACAGCCAACAAGUGGAGAUGCUUGAUUACCCCUAUCCAGACUGCGCUCUGCAGUUUUCCCAGAGGUCAAUCCGCCAAGAGCGUGCCAAACCAGAGCUCAGGAGCAUCACUCUGCAUCACCGCAUGCGGGAGGACACUAACCCUUCUUCAGGUCAAAUAAAAUAUUUUGAUCUACGCAUUAAACUUGCCCUGGAAAAAGGAAAAAAGCUGCCUCCUAAAGAAGUGAAAGAAUACAAAAAACUUCUGGUAAAGGCUCGGAAAUAUGAGUUUGAACGGCAUGACAUUAUACUGUGUACAUGCACACAGUCUUCCACCCCGAAUCUGACUAAGACCGUCAGUGCACGGCAGAUCCUCAUUGAUGAAUGUGCAAUGGCCACUGAACCCCAGGCCCUGAUUCCAUUAGUCUGCAACCGGCCAGAGAAGAUUGUUUUGAUCGGGGACCAUAAACAGUUACGACCCAUUGUGAAGAAUGUGCAUGUGAGGAGAAUGGGGAUGGCCAAGUCUCUGUUUGAACGUUACCAUACGAUGCAUAAGAAGAACGCCGUGAUGCUGGACACCCAGUACAGAAUGCAUGAGGAAAUAUGCAAGUUCCCGUCACAAGAAUUUUACGAGGGGAAUCUGUUAACCGGAGUGGAGCAGCCGAGCAGCGUCCUGCGUGUUGACAAUAAGACGAUGCCGAUCGUUUUUGGGGACAUCAGAGGAAAGACCGUCAGCCUGGUGGUCAACACAGCUAAGGGCAACGAGAACUCCAAAGCCAACGAGGAAGAGAGAAUCAAAGUGAUUGACAUUGCUGAAAAGCUGGUGACUAAAGCCAAUAUCGAACAGCAAAAUAUUGUGAUUCUGUCCCCCUAUAACGCGCAAGUGUCAGAAAUCCGAGAUGGGCUGAAGAAGAAGAAAUUGGAUGGAAUCACCGCAACCACUAUCACUAAAAGCCAAGGAAGUGAAUGGAGCUACGUCAUCAUAUCUACAGUGUGCUCUCUGCCAAGCGAGCAGAUUGAGGUAGAACAGGACGGAGGUUGGCUGUCCAGACAUCUGGGCUUUGUGGCCGAUCCCAACCAGAUAAAUGUGGGCAUCACCAGGGCCAAGGAGGGACUGUGCAUCAUUGGGAACCAGGAGCUGCUGAACUGCGGUCAGACUUGGAAAAAGCUCCUGGACCAUUUCAAGCUUCACAAUGCAGUGACGGACGCAGACAAGAUCUCAGUGUUGGCUUCCACAUAGCUGAAGGCAUCUGUCCUCUGUCUGUGCAAGCAGCGCAACAGAGCGCUGCAACAGCACAGCUUCACAAAUAUGUUUUUUCUUAAAUGUUGCAGCAACUUUUUAUAGCCUAUUCUGAACUUUUAACAAGUUUUUUUGGGCUCUGAUUUACAUAACGUUUUUUCUUCAACGUGUACGUGUAAAACUUAUUUUAUCAACUUUAUCUAUUUUUUUAUUUUUAGGUGUGGCAAUUUAAUUUUCAAGUUCAAAGACUAGUCAGUUGUUGUUGUUUUUUUGUUUUUCCUUUUGUUACUUCAAUGAAAGAAAGUGCAUCUAAGUAACAUUCCAGGCUACAAUACCACAUGGCAUGCUAAUGUUGACUCUGGGCAGAAUGCAGAGUUCAGGGGCCUCAUUUAUAAAGGGAUAUACGCUCAAAAAAUGGCGUACGCCAGUUUCUACGCAAUGUUUGCGAUUUAUAAAAUACUAACUUGACGGGAAAACGUGCGGUCCUCCACGCAAACUCUAACCCAUGCGUACGCACUAAGCACAACAACGGGAGAGACGAGAAACUGCGACACCGUUGGCAGAAGGAAGAAUGGAGAGAAAUGUGUGGAAAUAAUACCAUAAACAAAAUGUUACCUCUCAUUUAU